GAUCAACACUAACCCAGCGCCUCAAGACACUUAGUCGCCCCGGGGCGCAUCAAGUGUCCUGGAAAAUGGGAGUCUUUUGACAAAUACGCUCGCCGUGUUCGGAUAUACUCUCAGGCAACAUUGCACGAGCAUUGCAUGAUUUUCAGCAUAAUCGGUAAUUAUUACUACGGUCAAGAAGUGUAUCAAAGGGUCUCUGCCAUGUGCCAGAAGCACCUGUUUCCCAAUCUGCGUGACCUUGUCUGGGUUACUCUCGUUUCUCGUCCCCUGGAGUCUUGGUCGCUCCCUUCUCCGUUGCGGUCCCUCACUAUCUACCAAACUAAUUUCACUUGCCUAGAUGAAGCCUUGCGUCAGGCAGCACAUGAUGCUCCUGAUCUCGAAUCACUAAAGAUCAUAUUCUGUCUUUCUGAUCGCUCGGCUCCAUAUACAACUGUGGAUCCUUUACCUUUCAACCACCUCAAAUCCGUCUCCCUUACAUACCUUGGUAUUACUAGAGUCGACAUUUGUCACUGUCUGUCCUUGGCCCCAAUAACAGUCCUCACUAUCGUAAUCAGCGACUCGGCGAAGAUGUGGCAACCGCGUUCUCUAGUCUUUCAUACUCUGGAGGUAUUGUGCAUUACCGGAGACCCCGUGCCAGUGAAUUUAUUCAUCAAGCAUGUUCGCGGCGCGCAUCUACGUAAAGUGUUUUGCAUACUACGUCGAAAUCCAGACAUUACAUUCUCAGACUGCCAAGAGCUCCUCGACACGGUACUGUUAAAGAUGCAUGGACAGUCACUACGAGUACUUUCUAUCAUCAUCAAUUCAAAGAAACUGUUUCUGGAAAAUCCUUGCACCUUCGAUCGGCUCAUAAAGGAUUCUUUGAGCAAACUGCGCUUAUAUGUACUCGGAAGCGCCAUUGAGACGCUCAUACUCGUCUUACCACACCACCUUACAGGGGAAAAGUCAGAUGUGAAGGAUGGGUUUUGGUAUCAUUAUUCUGGUCUUAGUAUCGAGACGCUAAAAACAGCCACAAGCUCUGGUCCUAGGAGAUGUUCAUCCGAAUUUGAUCGGUAGCGCAUCAUGUUCGACCUUCACGCUUCCCCAACAUACAAUGCGCAUAGACCACUUCUCAACUUAGGACAAGUUUCGACGAACAAUAUGUUGUAUACGGGGGUAGCAGAGCAUGAUCAAUCGGUCGUAACGUUUAUUCAAGAAUCACUUCUGUACAUUGUAUUCUCCGACAUGGCGUGCACCACUUGGCGCUUUUGGUAACAGAAAUAAAUAUAAGCAAGCCGAGCUGG